AGCACCUUGGAAGAACGUCAUACCCGCAUACCUUAUGAACCACAAACUACGUAGCCACCACUGUGGCACAUAAAGCCUCCCCACAGUCCUCCCCACACGCUCUCCACACUCCACGAAGUCCACUUCUACAACUUCACUCCACCAAAGCAACACCCAAUCAAACCAGCCCUCAAAUAUGUCGGGAAUCUUCCAGUCCCUCUCAGAUCUCGUCACCUCCCUGUUUGAGGUGAUUGGCUCCUUCUUCAAGACCUUCUUCGACCUCAUCUACGGUGUCUUCGCCAUGAUCGUGAACCUCUUUUCUGGCGCCAUUAAUCUGGUUCUUGACUUCUUCAAGGGAUUGGUCGAACUGACUGGCGGCGUUGUCGGAUUUGUCUUCGGAAACAUCCUCAUCAUCGGUGUCCUUGCCGUCGCCUUCUUCGGAUUCUUACAAUACCAGCGCAACCAGGGCCGUACUGUCAAGGUUGGAGACAAGAAGCUCAACUAGGCGACCAGCCAGCACAGGCCACGAGAAUCGAAUGGUGGUAGCUUUUCCAGUGUACGAUACGAUACGAUGCAAACUUGGCUCGACGAUGGAAGGGUGACGAGACAGCCCUGCGGGCAGGCUUCUAGCUAAAAUUGCGAUACCCCUUGAACAAUCAAACGGUCUUCAUCUAAAGGCUAUUAUACGAUCGAUAAAUCCACAUGAUCUUCCACAUUCGCUUCAUUUCUCUACAGUGUCUCACUACGAACAUCCGCACAUUUCCUCUACUCACUACUAUUGCUGCUGCUGCUGCUCCUAAUUCUCUCUCUCGGUAUUUGCUGAGAUGUGAAUGCGAUGGAAGUUGAGCGUUUCGAACAACUAGGAGACUCGUGUCGCCACCUCAAAAGAUUGGUGUACAUCUACUAGAAGUGGGGGUUGCUCGUCCUAUGAUUCUAGCAUUCCCUUAAAGCAGACAGACUAGAUAUUCUAC